CUACCGAUCAGUUUCAAAAGACACGCCAAACAGUGUGAAACGUUCUCGAUCGGUGCGGAAUAUCUAUAAUAUUCUAUAAAAUAGCAAGCAGCCUAACGAAAGUUCGAAAGUUUGCCUUUUCAAAUCGAAAACAAAAGUCAAAUUUUAUUAAUUAGUUUUCAAAACUCUCAAAACAAGCGAUCCUCAUACACACACACAGCCAAGAUGCACAGCAAAUUGUUGGACGAGCUGAAUGAGAACGGCUACAUAGUCAUCGAGGACUUCCUUACCCCCGAGGAGGUGGACUCUCUCUUCCAGGCUGGACGAGCUCUGUGCCUGGAGGCACCACAGACCAACCGAAAGAUCUUCAGUACCAUUAAGGCGGAAGAUGCCCAGGGCAAGGAGCUGUACUUUAUGGAGUCCGGCGACAAGGUUCGCUACUUCUUUGAGACGGGCGCCGUCGGCGAGGAGGGACAACUGCUGGUGGAUCCCAUGAUUGCCCUGAACAAAGUGGGCCAUGCCCUGCAUGUGGAGCAUCCCACCUUCAAUGCCAUUACCUUUAGCAACAGAGUUCGUGAGAUUUGCUGGCAACUGAACUACAAUCGUCCUGCCGUCUGCCAGAGCAUGUAUAUCUACAAGAAUCCCGGUGUGGGCGGUGAGGUGACACCACACCAGGACUCAUGGUUCCUGCACACCGAUCCCAACUCGGCGGUGGGCUUUUGGUUGGCCCUCGAGGAUUGCACCCUGCAAAAUGGUUGUCUGCAGUUCAUCAAGGGAUCGCACAAGAGUGGUGUCCAUAGGCGCUACAUCCGAAAUCCGGACAAGGAGGCCACCGAACUGAUGGUCUACGAUCGGGCGGCGCCCAUCUAUCCGCAGUCCAGCUUUACGCCAAUGCAAGUCAGCAAGGGAACCUGCAUCCUCAUCCAUGGCAAUGUCGUCCACAAGAGUGAACCAAAUCGCUCCCAGAAGAGUCGCCAUGCCUACACGUUCCACGUGAUCGAGACUGAGAACAAUGUCAAGUAUUCGGAGGAUAAUUGGCUACAGGCGCCAAAGGACAAGCCCUUCCCCGUCCUGUUCGAGCGCAAGGAUUAAGAUUUAGUCCCUGUGAUUCGUGUUUCGGUAUUUUUGCAUAUAAGUCACUAGUGAAAACCCUAAGUUCUGAUGUAUGAAGUAAUUGUAAAUGUAACAAAAUAAAACAAGUAUAUUUUGUAUUCGCA